AUGUCGAGCCUCUGGACCGCCCCGCUGGUGGUCUCUAAGGGGGAAGACCUGCCGAGCCAGCCUCCCCAAUUGGGCAGCGCGGAGAAGGCCGCCGGCAGCCAGACUAGGACGACCCUGAAACGGACCGAGAAGGCCGCCGAAGAGAGCCUCAUCCCGGCCUUCAGCAAGCGGCGCAGGAACACCCACACGGGACUCGCCGAAGAAGCCACGGGCGCCAUCAACCUUCCCAUGGAGGAAGACGUGGAAGACUAUCUGCUGAAGACGCCCGUGGCCUCCUCCGGCGGCCGGCGGGUGGUGGUCGUCUUCCACUGCGAGUUCUCCUCCGAGCGGGCCCCCCGGAUGUGCCGAUUUGUCAGGGAACGAGACCGGCUCGGCAACCAGUAUCCCAGCCUGCACUACCCAGAGCUCUACAUCCUCAAAGGGGGUUACAAGGACUUCUUUCUCAAAUGCAAGCCCUACUGCGAGCCCCAGAGCUACCGCCCGAUGCACCACAAGGACUUCAAGGACGACCUCCGCAGGUUUCGCACGCGCAGCCGCACCUGGGCGGGCGAGAAGAGCAAACGAGAGCACUACAGCCGCUUGAAGAAGCUUUGA